CCAUGGCUGACAGGAAGGCUGUCAUAAAAAAUGCCGACAUGUCUGAAGACAUGCAGCAGGACUCUGUUGACUGCGCCACACAGGCUCUAGAAAAGUACAACAUUGAAAAGGACAUAGCCGCCUACAUCAAAAAAGAGUUUGACAAAAAAUACAAUCCAACCUGGCAUUGCAUUGUUGGACGAAACUUUGGGAGUUAUGUGACACAUGAAACCAAGCAUUUUAUUUACUUUUAUCUCGGACAGGUUGCUAUCCUGCUAUUUAAAUCUGGUUGAUCUUGGAAUGUGCCAUCUCUAGACAUAUCAUAUAUGCUGCAUAUAAUUGCCUGCUAGAUUCUUUUAAGUUUUAGUUCACCGGCGUAUUUUUCAUGGAAGACUGAAACGACGAAUUCAUGCCAUACAUGAAUAGAGAUAGUGCUACGUUAUAAAAGAAUACUUGGGAUCAAAACGUGAUUUCUGGUGUAAUAAUAACUUUUUAUUGGAAUAUGUAUUUUAAAAGGAUCUUUGCUGUUUACUUUUUUUUGUUGUUUACAUGCAUGACUGUUUAUUAAUUAAAGUUGUUACAAUAUGCAUUUUUACACAUGUAA